AACCGGAAGUGGUGGGAAAAAGUCACUCUUCUGCUCGUUCUACUGUUCAACAUGGCGCCCAAGGUAGACUAACUGGACACGUUAGCCAGCUACAACAUGAGCUAACGAGCUGUUGCCAGUUUUACCUUUUUAUCGUUUGAAAUUAGUGUUUACGUUUGAUUAGCAAGCUAGUAUGCAGGAAUGUAACCCGUGUAAAUAACUUACCCAACCGACAGAUAAGGUGAAAUAAUGGAAACUCAAGGAAUAGAACAGAUGUUUGACUUCCAGCGGUUGCCAAACGAUGGACUGGUCCUGUUGCUGGUAUUGCUUUACUCUCCAGUUGGCCUGUGUUUGAUGUUACUACGAAUCUUCGUAGGUGCACAUGUGUUUUUGGUGAGCUGUGCACUCCCAGACAGUCUUGCUAGAAGAUUCAUUGUGAGAGUAAUGUCCUCAGUCCUUGGUAUGCACGUGAGACAGAACAGCCCACGUUUAAGAGACAAAAGCACAAAACUGUACAUUUGCAAUCACGUGACCCAGUUUGACCACAACAUUGUCAAUCUUCUAACCUCGUGCAAUACACCCAUGCUGGAGGACUCUGCGGGCUUCGUGUGUUGGGCCAGAGGCUUCAUGGAGCUGGGUGCCAUAUCGGGCCAGGAUGAGAUGGAGUCCCUCAGGAGAUACUGCUCCUCUCCAGGAACUCUGCCCCUGCUCCUCUUCCCUGAGGAGGACACAACCAAUGGGCGCGCUGGCCUGCUCAAGUUCAGCUCCUGGCCUUUCUCCUUGACUGAUUCCAUUCAGCCUGUGGCCUUGCAAGUGAAGAGACCAUUUCUAGCUCUGAGCACGCCAGACUCCUUCUGGCUGACAGAACUGUUGUGGACCUUUUUCGUCCCGUGUACAGUGUACCAUGUAAGAUGGCUCCCCGCUGUGUCGAGGCAAGAUGAAGAAUCCCUUCAAGAGUUUGCCAACAAAAUCCAAGGGCUCCUAGCCACCGAGCUCGGCGUGGUCUCAACACAGAUUACCAAAGCAGACAAAGCCGAGCACGUGAAAAGGAAACUGCACGUUGCACCGCACACCACAACCUCAAAUUUGGGUGCCAGACCACGUCCUCUGGGCUUCAUGGUUCGCAGCUCUGGGGUGGAGGAGCUCAGGAUCAGCAGGAUGGCCCAGCAGGUGAAGGAGGUUCUGCCUGACAUCCCCCUCGGCAUCAUCACCAGAGACCUGGUGCAAACCAACUGCGUGGACACGACUAUCACUAACCUGCUGGAGAGCACUGAGGAGUUUCCAUUGGAGGCCACAGGCGCCUCCACAUCUGCACCAGGCCCAUCCUGGAGGUCCCUCUCCUUUUCAGCUGCACCUGCUCCCACCAUUAAGCCUGCUGCCAAGUCUUUUGGGAAAUCGCCAGUAGACCGACACAUGUCCCUACAAGAGAGGAAGGAGGCCUUGUAUGAGUUUGCAAGAAGACGCUACAUCGAGAAGCAUGGACUGGAGCAGGACGACAACCUCUGAACAAGAUCUGAUCGCUGGGAAAUGUGUUAGGAAAUAUGGUUGUUAAAAUCAAAUAAUUGUACAGACAAUAAUUGUACAGGAGUGUAUGGAGAGUUGAACAGAGGGUUUUUGUUGAGACACACGUACCGGAGGAAAACCUUCUGAAGACUUCAAUGGAUUUUUUUAUUUUUUUAAUUUUCUUGCAUGGAAAUCAUGCAUGUGUAUUUUUAAUUCUUUCUCCCAGCAAAAAUAUUAUUUUGAUAACAAUUUGUAUUAAGAUCCAGUGACCAUAAAACAUCUCAUUUUUUAUAAUGGAAACAAAGUCCAUCUUGCUCUGCUUUCAGAGAAGCCACAUCAGCUCUUAGGUUCAUUAUAAUUUGACAGUACUUGUUUCUGCAGUAUGAACCUUUUUAAAGUUAAUAAAGUUCAUAAUUUAUAAAUGCAA